AUGGACGUUUUCAGAUACCCACGUUUGCCCUUCACUUGGACCGGGACUUUUACUUUAGGGGAAAAGGUUUUCAACAGAGACACUGCCUAUCGAAACAGAUUAAUGGUGACGAUGACUCGACCCAACAUGGAUACAUUGGUUGACCUGGUAGUCGUCAAUGAAGACCCUUUCUCAACUUUGGAGGCUGCAGGGUCAUACUGUUUUCGUGGUAGCGUAAUUGUAAGAGGGUUGACAAAUGCUACCGAGGUAUGGCUGGUAGAACAUCACAAUGCGACAUAUGAAACCAAAAGUAGGAAUAUGGGAGGCAGAAAUGAAAUUCAAGUAGCAGGGGUUGGAUUGAUUGCCGAACAUAGGGACGAAAAGGACAGCGGGGGUCUUGGAUGGGACAUUUUGAAAGUCAAACACAGAGAAUGGGACAAUGAACUCCUAGGCCUUACAGAAUUUCACGUCGAGUAUUGGUACAAAAAGUCGGAGCUGUUAAUGGUGUCACAGUUUGUUAUAGGGGAUAAGGUCACAUUGCGUGGAAGUGUCUUUGGUGGUGGGUCAAAGGGAGUCCCUUGGCAAGUGAAAUUGAGUGGAAUCGUAUUAGGAUAG